AUGAACUCGACGCUGACAGCCCCCCCUCCCUACACGCCGCUCGAAGGUCUGCUGCUCUUUCGCGGGAUCGCCCGGUACGGCCUCGACCCCUCUGCCUUCGCGCGCAUCGCCGAAGCCCUCCAGAGCAACGCGCUCAUUAAGAGCAGCGCCACUUACGAUGCGCGACGCCUGAGCCCAGAGCCGCUGCAGGAGCUCUUCCUGCGGCUGCUGUCGCAGGAGCUUCGUCCUGACGCCGCCGACCAGUCCGACCUACUUGCCCCAAACGGCACUCUAUCGCCCGCGUCGAGAAGACGCAAGCUGCUAGAUGCCCGCAAGCAUGUCGCAAAGAUUGAGGCGGCACAUGACAAGCUGCAGGAUGCCUACGUGCGUCAGACUGUGGCCGAGAUCCGUCAGCUGGAGCAGCAGUAUGAACGGGUGGAGGGAGAGAUCCGGGAACUUGAGAGGUUGACCGCUCGCACCGAGGUAGAUGGCGAACCGCGGCCACAGACUGCGAACGGCGUGCUCCCGGGAGAUGCUGGUGCUGCAGGUGUUCCAGGUGCUACUGGUCCCGCGAAACCGUCGGAAUCUCCCCUGGUGAACGGUGUUAGUUCGGCCCAGUCACCCGUACCCUCACCAACGCCGACGUCCCAAGCUGCUUCCUCACCUCAAAUACCACUUCCAGUACCGCCAGCAUCAGCACCGCCAGCGCCUUUACCACAGCAGGGGCCACGAUCGUUACAACCAUUACUGCCACAUCCUUCCCCGCGUCCAGAGGUUCGCCAGGGUCCCCCUCUCCCUCUUUUACCUCCACAGCAACAGCAGCAGCAGCAAAUUCAGCCACAGCUGCAGCCGCCAUCGCAGCAGCAGCAGCAACAACAACAACAACAGCAGCAGCAGCAGCAGCAGCUACAGUCGCAACCGCAGCAACAACAACAACAACAACAACAACAACAGCAGCAGCAGCAGCAGCAGCAGCAACAGCAACAGCAAGUGGUGGUCGACAAGACUCUUCCCGUUGCUCCUCGCUCCCCUGCGAUCCCAUCUCCUCAAGCCGUCCCAUCCCCUCGGAUUGCCCAAAAGGAGGUCCCUUCCGCGGCACCGAAGCCCCCGGAAGUCUCACGACCACCAGAGGGAGCAUCACCAGUGCUGCAGCCCCCCCAGGGUGUUCCUCCCUUUCAAGGGUCUCCCCAUCCUCCUGCUCCUCCGGCGGUUCCAGAGGGUCUUCAGCGGCCGGGGCCUGUCUCGGCACCGCCUAAGCAAGCCCCUCAUCCGGCCACUGUCCCGCCGGCCCCUCCUCCUAUCCAGGGACAGUUAAGAUGGGAACCCCCUUAUCAGGGUCCGGGCUCGGCUCCUCCACGGCAGCAGCCGCCAACACCAGACCUUCAACAUCACAACGUCCUGCAACCCAUGUCAUCUGUGCCACCGCCGCCGCCGCCGCCUCCUCCUCCUCCUCCCCCUCCUACUCCUCGUGCGGCUCAGCAACAACAUCCUCACUCACCUCACGCAGGCCAGGUGCCAUUCCAGACCCAAUCUGGCAGGCCACUGCCUCAGCAAGUCCUUAUUCCUCCAUAUACUGCGGGCCAGAUUGCGCCCGUUGUUCAUUCCCCCGUCAGGGCUCCACAAGACUCUGCUAUUGUCCAAGGGCCGGCUAGGACACAGCAGCCUGUGCCUCCGAGCAUAUCAACAACCAGCGCCCCUCCUCCUCCACAAUCGCCCUUCCAUCCGCCUGCUCACCAUGGCCAGUUCAUCCCUAGCCCUCAUCCCGGUAAUGUCGACUUCUCCAGCGCCCCCGGCACCUGCUCCUCCCCGGCCUGGCCAACCUCUAGCAGCCCCGGCCCAACAACGGCCACAAGCUGUAAACUUACAGCCACCGCAUCCUCCUCCUCCUCCUCCUCCUCCUCCUCCUCCUCCUCCUCCUCCUCCUCCUCCACCUCCGCCUCCUCUCCCCCCCCAUAUACCCAACAGCCUGCUCCACCACCGCAGCCUGCGCCAUCGCCUGUGCCGACUCAUCCGGAAUAUGCCCGGCUGUACAGCUCACCUUAUCAGGUGCCCCCGCGGCCUGCGGCCGUCGAUCGGAUUCAUCCUCGUCCGGUCAUGACGGCGACACCUACCCCGGCCAGGUGCAGCCCUAUCCCUUCUGCCACUCAAACCCCCUCCAUGGCUUUUCUUCCAAAACUUGCCGUUGGCAGCGGUACCAAGUGGGUAUCCCACUCAACCCCUUCUACUCCCAAGCUUGGGCUUGAGUUCCGUCUCGGAGAGGACGUUCCAAGCCCAAGGUACGAGCCGACUAGCCCCGUCUUGCAACCCGCGGCUCCGCCGUCGGCCAAGGCGAAGGAGUCGAUAGCGAAAAAGACAGAUCAGCAGCACCCAGAGACCCCGAACGCGAAACGGAAGCUCGGUCGGACCCAUGGCACGCCUCGGGGCCAGGCCGCCGACGCCUCUCAGGCAGCUCUUGUCGCACAACCGACAAAGGCGGCAAGCCCCUUGCCCAAGGACAAAGAGAAGCCCGCCGAUUCACAAGCGCCAAAAAUCAAGGACGAAGCGGGAACGCCCCAACCCACAGAUCAAGGUGACACUACAGCUGAUGAGAGCGUUGCUGGUCGUACACACACCACACGCUCUGUCAAGCGCAAACGCGACGAGCUCACCCCCUCGCCCGCCCCGUCCGCAAGCACGCGACAACCCUCAGCCGCUCCCUCUUCAUCCGAGCCCCCCUCAGCGCCGGCCAUCGUCCUCUGGACGCGCCACUUCAACAAAGUCUGCUUCUCCGCCAUGGAGCAAAUCAUCCAUCACCGCUCAGCCAACAUGUUCGCAGCCCCCAUUCGCGAAAAGGACGCCCCCGGCUAUCACAAAAUUGUCAAGCAUCCCCAAGACCUCAAGUCCAUCCGCACGGCCAUCAACCACGGCAACCGUGCCGCGACCCAGAUCGCACAACAACUUGCUGCCGAGGGGGGCGGCCCCAUCGAAGGAGGCAACGGAAACGCGUCGUCGGUCUGGAUGCCCCGCGUCGAGGAUCUGGUCCCGCCCAAAUCGAUCAUCAACUCAUCCCAGCUGGAUCGUGAGCUGGCGCAUAUGUUCGCCAAUGCGAUCAUGUACAACCCCGAUCCGCAUCACGGCCCUGGACCAGCGUUCCUGCGCUCUGCGAACUCUUCGUCUCCCGCGUCGGGCGGUGCGGGAGGUUCCGGGUCAGGUGCUAGUGCGAUCACGGGGUUGCAUGAUAGCGUGCUGGGGUAUAAGGUGGAUGAGUUUGGGGUCGUGAACGAUACGAGGGCGAUGUUUGUUGAGGUAGAGAAGUUGUUGGCUGAGUUGAGGUCGGCAGAGGUCAGGGCUGGUGUGCCCCCUCCUUCGGCGGCGGCUGCGGUUGCUGCGAUGGGGUUGGUUAGGCGGGCGAGCGUUGCUGCCAGUGCUAGUGUCUCUACUGCUGUCCCCACUGCUGGGAAUGGGUCGGGGAGCGGGCAAGAUAAAACUACUACUGGCCCCACUACAGCUGGUGCUAAGGAUGAAGAUAGGGUUGGUCCGAUAGGCACGGCGACGGGGGAUGAGGCCACUGCUGGCGAAGGGGAUGAAGCUGAGAGCACUGGGAAUCCCGUCAAGAGGAGAAGGGUUGCUCGUUCCUAG